AUGCCAAUAAAUGACGCGGAUCUUGCAAACUAUAAGGAGUUCACUAGCCUCAAGAAGAAUGGACUGCAAACAUGGGUUGCUGUUAGAGGUUUAUCCUUCAACGACCGUGGAACCGCUACAGAACAUGCUCCCAGCGACAUGGUGUCCACAUCGGCAAAUCGAGCAACUUUCAUCCAAUCACCGGUGCGUUUCAUAAACGCGAAUGGCUUUAAAGGCGCCGAUAUUGAUUGGGAGUAUCCAAAUGAAGCGAAGCGUGGAGGCCGCCCCGAUCAAGAUGCAGACAAUCUUGUGCUGCUCAUGAAGGAGACGUACGCAGCGUUCGGCGGUCGAUAUGUAGGCAUUCUUGCGCUUGAGCCAGAUUACUAG